AUACCGGAAACUUUACAUGCAGUGCAGAUUGUAACAGACACUUGUGGUACAUGAUUUACUCAACUGCCUCAGCAAGAUGUUUGCAGCUGUGCUGAUUAUAACAGGGAUAUACACAGCAGUGGGUUUCAACAUUUACACAACACCAGUGAACAACUUUACAAAUGAAGACCUACUCUUCGGUCAAACCCUUAUUCAAUCAACAGAUGGAGUUUUUGUUCCUUCUCCUAACUCUGGAGACAUUUUCAGAUGCACAGAAAAAAGCUGUUCUAGAAUGGAUGCUAUUGUUACAGGAGGAAUGAAAGGCCUGAGUCCAAUUGUAUCUGUAGCAUCCUGCUUGACUGAACAAAAGGAGCAGCUUCUGGUUUGUAACCAAGUUCGGACAAGGAACUCAUCAGCUGAGUAUUUCAACGGAAACUGUACAAACAUAUCUGACAAGCAAGAAAAGAGUAAAAUCUAUCCUGAUAAGUUGGUUUUACAGUUACUGGAACAAAAUAACAACAACAACAACAACAACAUUCAUCAAAGUAAUCAAAAAUCUCCAAAUCAAGACCACUGGAGGAAGAGAAGAGCUGUACAGAAUGAUGACGAUGAAGAUGAAGAUGCAGGGACGGAGAUAUCUUUUGUGCUGGAUGGAUCUGGUAGCAUUAACGAGGAGGAUUUUGAAAGGGCCAAAGACUUUAUUUAUAAUGUGAUGAAAAAUGUUUGGACAACAUGUUUCAUUUGCAAUUUUGCAAUAGUGCAGUAUGGGAGAAACAUAACGACAGAACUCUCUCUACAAGAAAAUGAAGAUGGUGUCAGAGCCUUGAAUAAGGUGAAGAACAUAACACAAAUUCAUGAAAUCACCAAGACUGCUUCAGCUCUCUACCAUGUUCUCACGGACGUUUUUGUUCCUGAAAAUGGAUCAAAAAAGAAUGCCAAAAAAAUGAUUAUUCUACUGUCUGAUGGGCAAAUGUUAGGAGAUACAAGAAACCUCACAGAUGUUUUGAACAUGCCACAGAUGGAGGGGAUUGUUCGCUAUGCUAUAGGGGUUGGGCCGGAGGUUCUGAAUAGACAAAAGGCAAUGGAAGAGAUGAUGGAGAUAGCUGGCAGCAAUGACAGAUUUUUCAACGCUUCUGAUUAUGCUGCCUUGGAAAAAAUUAUUUCUUCUUUGGAAGAAAAAAUAAUUGGGAUUGAAGGCAUACAGAAGGGAGCAGGAUUUGAACUUCAGCUUGCAGAGGCUGGAUUUAGCUCUCAUUUUAUCCAUGAUGGUUCGAUGCUUUUUGGCACUGUGGGAGCCUAUGACUGGAGUGGAGGGAUCAUUUUGUUAAAAAAUAAAAAGCCUGUGGCAUUUUUUAAUGCAACCAAGGAAGAACCCAGAUUUUCCUAUUUGGGUUACAGCGUGGCAUCAGCAUAUAUGGACUCGAAAACACUAUAUAUAUCUGGGGCUCCCAGGUACAACUUGACUGGUGCAGUCUUUAUUUUUGAUGGAACCAAUCAGGAUUUGCUACAAGGAGAUCAGGUAGGGUCUUAUUUUGGAUCAGUUCUCUGUGCCUUGGACAUCAAUAAUGAUAAGUACACAGAUUAUCUUCUGGUUGGAGCGCCACAUUUCCAUGUAAAAGGAGAAGAAGGCAAAGUGCUGGUUUACAAACUGAAUAAAGGACAAUUUGAGAAAGAAGCCUCUGAAUUGCAUGGACUACAAAAGGACAUAUAUGCAAGGUUUGGCUCUGCUAUAGCCAAUAUUGGAGACAUCGAUGGGAACCAAUACAAUGAUGUCGCAGUGGGAGCUCCUCUUGAAGCAGACAGUGAAGGAAGCGUCUACAUAUAUAAUGGAUUCAAGGAUGGGUUAAAAAAAAAAUUUUCACAGAGAAUCACACCAUCAGACUUUGGACGUAAACUUGUGUACUUUGGCCAGGCAGUGAGUGUCAUGUCUUUCCUAGGAACAAACAAGACACCACUAAUCAGUGUUGGGAGUGAAGGAACCAUAACUGUUUUUAAGACAAUUCCUGUUAUCAUUAUUGAACCAAAAAUAACACUUGAUGUUGAAGUUAUUAAAUCUGAAAGGCAGACCAAUGAUAAAUCAAGCACCUUUCAUACAAAUCUCCAAAUUUGCUUUAAUACACCAAAAGGAGAAAUUAAGUCCGGUGAACUACCAAUUGAGUACUAUAUUGAUUUGGACUCAGAUAAAGAACAAAAGCGACUGGUGCAUUACUUGCCUGAUAAAGCGAGAGUGAACUUUACUCUGACAAAUAGCCAAACCUGCACUGAUCGGAUAAUACUGAAAUAUGAGGGCUGCUCUGACUGUUUCUCACCUAUCAAGAUCAGGGUGAAUUUUACAUUAUCCCCAUCCACUGGAUUGCCUAUGCGGGUUCUUGAUCCACAUAGUCCAAAUGAGGCCAUAAAAGAGAUUGUGUUUGAAAAGGAUUGCAACGGUCAACACUGUAAGGCUAAUAUUUCAUUGGUUGACUCAAGACUCAGCAAAGACAUUUUAAUAAUUGGCUUCCAUCAAACCUUGGAUAUAAAGUUUAACCUUAUGAACUUUGGGAACAAUUCCUAUAUAACCACUCUGACUCUGAGAUACCCUGAAAUACUGUCUUUCAAGAAAUCUGGGGGUGAAAAAUGUGAGGAUAACAAUAACCAUCAAAUAGUGUGUAAAAUUUUGCACCCCAUAUUCAAAAGGAAAGAACAGACCAGUGUUACUAUUGCUUGGCAGCUGAUCGACGGAAACACAAACAACAGUGCUUCAAUUACUGCUCUCUUAACAGGUGGAAAUAAUGGCAGUGACAAACUUGAUUCUAAGACAUAUAAUUUCACAGUGAGGAAAGCCCUUGCAGUCCAGCUAACUGGCACAGCCAAGCCAAACAGACUGAAUAUUACAGAGGGGGAACAAAGCCCAGAACAACUUCUAGAUUUCACUUUUAAGCUGCUGGGUGAAAACAAAUAUAAGGCCAAAAUAAAUGUGACAAUCACACUUACAAAACAGACAUAUAAAACCAGCAUCAUCAUUGAGAGCGUGGAACCAAAGAACUGUUCAAGGCCCUCUGAUGGACAUGUUAAUAGCACCUACCAGAUUGUAUGUAUUCUGACAGAUUUGCAUGACAUUAAGAUUAAGGCUCGAACACAUAUCCAUGACAUUCAGGAUAAAACUGAAAAGAUCAUUGCUGAGGGAGAAUUUACAUUUGAUGAGAGCAUCUAUGUUGGAAACAAAAUGAAACAGCGAGUAGAGGUUUCACUGAUUAAGCUGACAGUUGUGAAGUCGACUGCACUUAUUGUAGGCAGCUCCAUCGGAGGCUUUCUCCUCUUAAUAGUCAUUAUCAUUAUUCUUAUCAAGUGUGGAUUUUUCCGCCGACGCCAUAAGCUGGACCGCACACCGAGUACAAACUGAAGACAUGCACAACAUUCACCUGAUUAUUAUUCAUCAUUGUCCUUUUUAGAAAUUUCUGCACAGAUAUUAUUACUACAUUUGUAAACAUUUUAUUAGGCAUAUCUUAACUACUAAAUUGUGGCAUAGGUCUUGAAUGUUAUUUCAGUGUUUUUUUUUUUUUGGGGGGGGGGGGGUAUUUAAAAUUCCUUUGUUUUCCUAAAAGCUUGAGGUAUUUUUUUUUUUUUUUGCCUGCCCUGUGUAGUGUUAAUAGAAGUUAACUGAAAAAAUGAAAGUUAAAAUUUCUGUUUCCACUUACAUCUAGAGAAAUGAAUAUAAUAUGUCUAGCACAAGAAUGAGAUUUUUUUUUUUUUUUUUUUUUUUUACACUUGGUAAAACCUCACUGCUCUCUGCUUACUCUUUAAAUUCUGUGCUUACUUCAUUUGUUAAUUCUGUCUUUUGAUCCAUAUGAAAAAUUCAAAUGAACUAUUCUUCCUUCAUGGUUUUUCAAUUAUGUUCAAUAACCUAGCUAGGAUAAUUGACACAUCUACUUGUAUAGGUUUCCUGGGAAAAUGAAGAUGGUUUAAUUGUGGUUUGUCAAACUGCAUCAGACAAAAUUCUUAAGAACGUCAAUGCCAAAUUUCCAAACAGAUGACUUGGUGGGACCAUUACCAACCUGAAAAUCUGAAUAAAACCAGUACUGCGAUAAGCAAA